AUGGCCACCCAGAAAAAUGUCGUCGUUGUAGGAGCCGGCGUCAUCGGCCUCUCCACAGCCCUCGUGCUCUCAAAGCAUAAAAACUUGAGCAUCACAGUCGUAGCCAAGCAUAUGCCUGGUGACUACGACAUAGAAUACGCAUCACCGUGGGCAGGAGCAAACUACUUCCCCGUCGGCAAGCCAGGCUCUAAUCUGCAGAGGUUUGAGAAAGCUACCUGGAGUGAGCUCGAUCGAAUCUGUCGUGAAGUACCAGAAGCAGGUAUCCAUUAUCAGGACACAAGGAUAUAUGGAAGACAGAAAGAUGCAGGCACCGCUACGGGGCAGUGGUUUGAGGAGUUGACUAAAGAAGAUGCGUGGUUCAAGGAUGUUGUGCCGAAUUUCCGCGUAUUGCCCAAAUCUGAACUCCCAGAAGGCUGUGACACUGGCACAGAGUUUACCUCUGUAUGCAUAAACACCGCCGCCUAUCUUCCCUGGAUCCUGGGACAGUGUGUGAAAGCUGGUAUGAUUAUCAAGCGCGGCAUACUAUCCCACAUAUCCGAAGCAGGCAGCUUUCACUCCUCAGGACAUGCCGACAUCGUAGUUAACUGUACCGGUCUUCUGGCCUCCACACUCGGAGGCGUCAUGGACAGCAACGUGUACCCUGGACGCGGUCAAAUAGUUCUAGUGCGGAAUGAGCCUGGUGUCAUGGUAACAGUAAGCGGGACCGACGAUGGCAGUGAAGAAGCUACAUAUAUCAUGCAACGUGCAGUCGGUGGCGGAACCAUCCUCGGCGGCUGUCUGCAACACCACUCAUGGGAAUCUCAACCUGACCCCAACCUCGCCCAGCGCAUAAUGCAACGCUCCAUCGACUUGUGUCCCUCGCUAGCACCGAACACUGGAAAGGUAACUGAGCUGAGUGUCAUCAGACACGGUGUCGGUCUACGUCCUAUGCGGACGGGAGGCCCAAGAGUAGAGAAAGAAAAUAUCGGAGGAAUUUGGGUCGUGCAUAGUUAUGGUCAUGCUGGCUAUGGAUAUCAGAGCGGCUGGGGAAGUGCGUGGGAGGCUGAGAAGUUUGUGCUGGACAUUGCGAGGAAGAACGAAACGAUGGCCAAACUUUAG